UAACCUUCAAUAAACAAUCAUACCAAUUGCAGUGAUGACUGCUAUAUAAACUGCUUGGUUGCUAUUACAACAUAUUCAACAAUAAGUUGGUUAGAAAGGCUUAGACAGUAUAACAGUUUUGUCAACAUGGCCAAUCCUAAUUGGCCAUCUCUACUUAUGUUGGUCUUGGCUUUGUUUACCAUUGUUGUUCAUUCAAGUGCACAAUAUUCUCCCCCAUCACCACCACCAUAUGCUUAUAGUUCUCCAUGGCUUCCACCAUAUGUUUACAAGUCUCCUCCACUACCUCCAUACGUAUAUAGCUCUCCACCGCCUCCUCCAUAUGUUUACAACUCGCCACCACCACCUCCAUACGUCUAUAGCUCUCCACCACCACCACCAUAUGUCUACAAGUCUCCUCCACCACCUCCAUAUGUCUAUAGCUCUCCACCGCCACCACCAUAUGUCUACAAGUCUCCUCCACCACCUCCAUACGUAUAUCCCUCUCCACCGCCUCCUCCCUAUGUUUACAAGUCUCCUCCACCACCUCCAUACGUCUAUAGCUCUCCACCACCACCACCAUAUGUCUACAAGUCUCCUCCACCACCUCCAUAUGUCUAUAGCUCUCCACCACCACCACCAUAUGUCUACAAGUCUCCUCCACCACCUCCAUACGUCUAUAGCUCUCCACCACCUCCUCCGUAUGUCUACAAGUCUCCUCCACCACCUCCUUAUGUCUACAGCUCUCCACCGCCUCCCCUGUAUGUUUACAAGUCUCCUCCACCACCUCCUUAUGUCUACAGCUCUCCACCGCCUCCCCCGUAUGUUUACAAGUCUCCUCCACCACCUCCCUACGUGUAUAGCUCUCCACCACCUCCACCAUAUGUCUACAAGUCUCCUCCACCACCUCCUUAUGUCUACAGCUCCCCACCGCCUCCUCCGUAUGUUUACAAGUCUCCUCCACCACCUCCGUACGUGUACAGUUCUCCUCCACCACCAUCUUACAUCUACAGCUCUCCACCACCUCCAAGCUAUAGUUAUAGCUAUAGCUCACCCCCUCCACCAAUAUACUAACCAUAUAUAUAUAAUACAAAGAAGGUUUUACUAAUAAAUUACGACCAUGGUAUCCACGGUUUUACAAUAUUUCCCUUUCGAGACUUCAAUAUAGACGAAAUGUACUUUCGUUUGUACUUAUACUUUGUGCAUUUUGAUAUUGGGUUGUUGCUUAUGAUGUUUGUUAUGCCUACUAAAAGGCCAGUGUAUUAAUGUCUUAAUUUAUAGCUAUUGAAUAAACUCAAUUACUUUUUAA